AUGAGUUUAGUACCGUCCGUUGGUCGCGAGCUCUCGAACCCGCCGUCCGAUGGGAUAUCUAACCUCCGGUUUUCAAAUAGCAGCGAUCAUCUACUAGUGUCCUCAUGGGAUAAGAGUGUAAGAUUGUAUGAUGCGAACGCCGAUUCGUUGAGAGGCGAGUUCAAGCAUGGUGGGCCGGUGCUCGAUUGCUGCUUUCACGACGAGUCUUCUGGAUUCAGCGUCUGUGGCGAUAACAAAGUUAGACGAAUUGACUUCAAUGCUGGCAAAGAGGACAUUCUGGGAAUGCAUGAUAAACCAGUGCGAUGUGUUGAGUAUUCUUAUGCUGCAGGGCAAGUGAUCACUGGAAGUUGGGAUAAAACGAUUAAGUGUUGGGACCCAAGAGCUGCAAGUGGACCGGAAGGCACGCAGAUUGGAACAUAUCAGCAGCCUGAGCGUGUCAACUCCCUUUCUCUCGUUGGGAAUCGUUUGGUAGUGGCAACAGCAGGAAGGCAUGUCAACAUUUAUGAUCUCAGAAAUAUGUCUCAGCCUGAGCAAAGAAGGGAGUCCUCACUCAAGUACCAGACCAGAUGUGUGCGUUGUUAUCCCAAUGGAACAGGAUAUGCACUUAGCUCUGUUGAAGGGAGGGUGUCUAUGGAGUUUUUUGAUCUGUCAGAGGCUGCUCAAGCUAAAAAUUAUGGCACUUUUGCUACCGGAGGUUGUGAUGGAUUUGUCAACAUUUGGGAUGGCAACAACAAGAAGAGGCUAUAUCAGUACUCUAAGUAUCCAACGAGUAUCGCGGCGCUGUCAUUCAGCCGAGAUGGUGGAUUACUGGCUGUUGCUUCUAGUUACACGUUUGAAGAGGGAGACAAACCGCAUGAACCGGACGCAAUCUUUGUUCGAAGUGUUAAUGAAAUCGAAGUGAAACCGAAGCCUAAAGCAUACCCAAAUCCUCCGGUAUAG